GUUGCUUUGACGCAGAAAAAGAUAACGGUCGCCUAGCAAUAAAUAAAACAAACUGUUUCGUUGCAUCGGCCAGAUAGGUAGUGUUUUUCUACGAACCGGUGAUUUUUGCAACUUUAAGAAGGUUACGGGUAAGUCUCUUCUUAAAACCGGAUCUUAGAGUGAAAUUCUCUUUCCCUUUCUGGUUUGGUGUAGAUUUAUUCAAGAUGAGUGAGCAAGAGAUGGAUAUGCUGGACAUAGAAGAUGAUCUAGUGGAGUUGUGCGAGGAGCAGAACGAAGAGCAGCGGAAGAAAAUGAGCAUUAAACAACAACAACCGCAACAUCAGCAGCAACAACAACAGCCACAACAUCAGCAACAACAGCAGCAAAAACAACAGCCACGACAACAGCAACAACAGCAGCAACAACGGCAGCAACAAAAACAGCAGCAACAACAACAGAAUAACAAUCGUCGGAAGCAACGAAACCAGCGUGACCAACGUGACCAACGGAACCAAGAUCGGGCACGUGGAAUUAGCCUGGAAACUCGUAUGGAAACGUUCGAGCGACUCGCUCGUCGUACAACUGCUCUCGGAAAGAGCGUACGACGAGCAAUUGAGGCAGAGCGGUUGCCCGGCCACCUCAUUUUGGGAUACAUGAACCGAUAUAAAAAUGUUUGUAAAAAUAUGGAUUAUGAGCUUAAUAAAGAAUGA